UCCUCAUCGUAUCCAACCACAGCUUCGUCCAACAUGACCAUCUUCGUCAACUUUGUCCUUGGACCGAAAGAAGCGUAUCUCUUCAACAGCCCGACGCAUUGGGCUUGGCACAAUUGCCCACCGGAUGUGGAGGCACUAUUCACGAGGCAGCCGCCAAUUGGGGACGUUUUGGAGUAUGCGCUCGGUGAGGGUGGGGCGUAUUUCUUAAGUUAUAGGGAUACGGAUGGUGAUAUUAAGUGCUCCCACUUCAACCUCCCCAACCCCCUCACAAAUUACCUCUACGAAGGUCACCCACACGUGAUCCGCGAUCUCGCCACCCUCUCCAUAACCCUCGGUCCCUGGGAGAGCUACUACGCCCACGACAAGAAUUCAGCAUCAUGGGCCAACCUCCCCGCCAGUCUGGAAAAGGCUAUUCUAAACCGCCUUGUCUCGCAAGACGCAUGGAAAACCACCUGGGAGGAGAACGGCCGCGAGGCACCCAGUUUCGUGAGUCUCGGCGCGGAUGGGAGUUACUUCAUGCGCACUGUGAGGGGUGGAGGAAGUUGGGAUUUGAAGAAUGCGGCGAAGGAGGAGGGCAUGGGCGGGACCAACAAGUUUUUGGAGGAAGCGCCGGAUUUCAGUGGGGUUGCCGCCCUCUACCUCUUCCCCUCCUCUCCCUCUUCCUACGUUCUUCUCCUGACCUCCGGAAAAGCCUACUCAAACCUCCCCGAAUACACAUGGGCCGACUAUAACAAAAUGGCCCCGCAUCUUCCCGUUCUGGUGCAAACCCUCUCCCCAAUCCCUUGCGUCCCACAAGCCCAAUUGCCGCCACAGAUCGCCCAGCCGCCGCGCUCCACGGGAUGCUGUCCGAACGGGAAUAUCGGCGUUGCGCAUAAUUGCUGUUCAAGGCCGCAAAGUGGGACGGGUGGAGGAGGGGUUGUGUUGGGGUUGCCGCCGCCUUUUGGAAGGGCGGGGUUGCUGAGGUGA